CAAAGGAGGCAGGUGUGGCUGGCUGGCUGGCCAGUAUAAAAGAUGCAGCACGUCCCUCCCAACGGCACAGCUUCUGCUCUCCACCUCUCCCUUUUCAACGCGACCAGAUCCAGAUCACAACUGUCUUCGUCAUGAGUCAAUUGCAGCAAGCUAUGGCAGCCCUCAUUGGCGUAUUCCAUAAAUAUGCUGGCGAGGACCAACUGCUGAAUAAGGCAGAGCUCAAGGGUCUUCUGGAGAAGGAAUUCGGUGAUGUGCUUGGGAAUGCAAAGGAUAAGAAUGUUGUGGAUGAGAUCUUCAAGGGACUGGACAUGGAUGGGAGUGGAUCAGUGGACUUCACUGAGUUUGUCACAAUGGUGGCUGCACUUGCUGCAGCAACCAAUGAACUGCUGUGCAAAAAAUAGAGAGAAAAGUCAUACCAAUACAUCUCUCACACUUUCACAUUUCUAUGUUGUAAUUAUGAAAUGGAUGGAUGCCAAAAUGGAUUGCCAAAUGAAAUAAAGAGUUGUGUGACACUGA